GUCAUUCUGUCUCCCCCCAAAACAUGAUGGAUUUCAACACCCGUUUGAGCUCUACUACACAUUCAACUAUACCUCAAAAUUUCAACACCACCAUCCAUAACCAUAACCUCAUGAUGGAUUUUCCUCUUCCACACAUUACAACCACAUGAAGAGAACAACAUCCACCAUCAUCUCCUAUCUUACAACACAUUCCCUUUCUUCAUCAUUCUCCUCCGCCGCUAAAAACUUCUCAACAACCCCUCGCCCAUUUCCCGACUAUUCCCCACGAAAUCCUUCUAUCUCCGACACCGACCUCGUCCGCCGCGUAACCACUACCCUCAAACGCCGCCAUCUCGAACCCUUCCGCCGCGUUCUUAAACCCUACGAAUCUCGCUUUAAACCGUCCCAUCUCAUUUGGGUUCUCAUCAACCUCAAAAACGAUUACCCACUUGUCUUAAACCUCUUCAACUGGGCAAAAUCACAAUCUCAACAACAAUUUCACCCAACUCUAGAAUCACUCUGCAUUGUUGUUCACCUCUCCGUUGCUUCAAACGACAUUCAAACUGCUAAAAGACUUGUUUUUGAGUUCUGUGCUAAGCCCAAAAUCGAUGUUUCAAAGUCUUUUCACCUUUUUACUGAGAUGUUGAUUUAUACUUAUAAAGAUUGGGGUUCACACCCUCUUGUGUUUGAUUUGUAUUUUCAAGUGCUUGUGGAAAAUGGGUUUGUUUUAGAAGCUCAGAAACUUUUUCAUAAGUUGUUACGGUAUGGUGUUGUUGUUUCUGUAGAUUCUUGUAAUUUGUUUUUGUCUAGGUUGUCUUGUAAUUUUGAGGGGAUUAAGAUUGCGGUUAAGGUGUUCGAGGAAUUUCCUGAAUUGGGUGUUUGUUGGAAUACAGUUUCGUGUAAUAUUGUUCUUCAUUGUCUUUGUCAAUUGGGGAAGGUGAGAGAAGCACAUAACCUGCUUGUACAAAUGACGGAUAGAGGAAAUUUUCCCGAUGUUGUAAGUUAUGGUGUUGUUGUUAGCGGAUAUUGUAGAAUUGGUGAGUUGGAUAAGGUUUUGAAGCUUGUCGAUGAGUUAAAAGGAAAGGGGUUGAAACCAGAUGAAUACAUUUACAAUAACAUAAUUUUACUUCUUUGUAAGAAUGGUGAAGUAGUUGAAGCGGAGCAACUGUUGAGGGGGAUGAGGAAAUGGGGUGUUUUUCCUGAUAAUGUAGUGUAUACGACUGUCAUUAGCGGUUUCUGCAAGUUGGGGAAUGUUUCGGCUGCGUGCAAACUGUUUGAUGAAAUGAGGCGUAAGAAAAUAGUUCCCGACAUUGUCACUUAUACUUCUGUGAUUCAUGGGAUUUGUAAGAGUGGGAAAAUGGUAGAAGCGCGUGAAAUGUUUAAUGAAAUGUUGGUGAAAGGGUUGGAGCCGGAUGAAGUUACUUAUACUGCACUUAUUGAUGGGUAUUGCAAGGCUGGUGAAAUGAAAGAAGCUUUCUCUGUUCACAAUCAGAUGGUUCAGAAGGGUCUGACUCCUAAUGUUGUCACUUAUACUGCAUUGGCUGACGGUCUAUGUAAGAACGGAGAGAUCGACGUAGCGAAUGAGCUUCUUCAUGAGAUGUCUAGAAAAGGACUUCAACCGAAUGUCUACACGUAUAAUACGAUCGUUAAUGGUCUUUGUAAGAUAGGAAAUAUAGAACAAACAGUUAAACUUAUGGAAGAAAUGGAUCUGGCAGGGUUUUAUCCCGACACUAUUACAUACACUACACUCAUGGAUGCAUAUUGUAAGAUGGGGGAAAUGGCCAAGGCUCACGAGUUGCUGCGGAUUAUGCUCAAUAAAAGACUUCAACCUACACUUGUUACAUUCAAUGUGCUAAUGAAUGGAUUUUGCAUGUCUGGGAUGUUGGAAGAUGGUGAAAGGUUAAUCGAAUGGAUGUUGGAGAAAGGUAUAAUGCCAAAUGCCACGACAUUUAAUUCUCUUAUGAAGCAGUACUGCAUUAAAAAUAACAUGCGAGCAACUACCGAGAUUUACAAGGCUAUGCACGAUCGAGGAGUGAUGCCUGACAGUAACACUUAUAAUAUUUUGAUCAAAGGGCAUUGUAAAGCUAGAAAUAUGAAAGAAGCAUGGUUCCUGCAUAAAGAAAUGGUUGAAAAAGGAUAUAGUGUCACUGCGGCUACCUAUGAUGCACUUAUAAGAGGUUUUUAUAAGAGGAAGAAAUUUGUGGAAGCUAGGAAGUUGUUUGAGGAGAUGAGAAAACAUGGUUUGGUUGCUGAGAAAGAUAUAUAUGAUAUUUUUGUCGAUGUGAACUAUGAAGAAGGGAACUGGGAAAUAACUCUCGAGCUUUGUGAUGAAGCAAUAGAGAAAUGUCUUGUUAAGGAAACAUAGUUGAUUUUUUUCUGCAGUUUAUGACAGAAUUAUCAGGGACAAUAUUUGUUGUCUAUAUAUGCUUCUUUAUUGGUGGUUCAGUUGAAAGUAACUUCGACAUCAUAACAUUUGAAGCACAUGCACGGACACCGUUCACACAAAAGUUCUUGUUCAUAUCACAAGACACAAGUUCAGUUGCAUGCUCCCUUCCUAUCAUGUAUCAAACUUGUUAUAUAUUUUCUAACAUGACAUAACAUAUAUGAUGAAACCUUAACAAUUCUCAUCACAUGAACUUUUAACCAUGUCUUCUUCUUCAUGGCUAACUUCUCCUUCAUGCACCCUUUUACCUACAGAUCCAUCUUCCUCUACACCACAACUCAUACUUCAAUGGUUAACCUUUCUUUUCCUAUCUGAAAUGUCCUCAAAGACUUCUCCUUUCUGCUCUUGAUUCCCUCUCCCUCUUAGCUUUUGCAGCUCACAAACUCUAUUCAAGAAUCAACUCAAAUUCCAACAAUAACUCUUCAAUCACAAAACCACUUCUGAAAGAGAAAGACUCUAACUAUAGAGUCACUCUUUGGUUCAAACUACCCUUGUUGGUAACUACCAUUUUGGCUAUAACUUAAACUGUUCUAGGAAUAUUGGCUUUUACUCAAACCAAUAACCUUUCUUCAUGGAAACAAAUAGAAGCACCUUUUCGGUUGUUUCAAGCUGUAGUCAACAUAGUAAUAGUGAUUCUAAUGUUACACGAGGAAAAGUUCAAAUCUUCCAAACACCCUUUAUCCCUAAGAAUCUAUUGGAUAGUAAACUUUGUGAUUGCUUCUUUGUUUGCUAUUUCAGCUGUUUUCCGAAUUGUAAAUACCAGUGAGGAAAAAAUGGAACUUAGUUUGAGAAUAGAUGAUAUAUUCUCAUUGGUUAAUCUUCCAUUAUCUGCGUUCUUUUUUGUCAUAUCCAUUAGAGGGUCAUCAGGGAUUCUUGUGAUAAGAAUAUCCGAUGUAGUAGCGACAUAUACAUCAGUUCCGACUGAUGGAAAUUUGAGUCCUUAUGCUGGUUCUUCAUUUUUGUCCAAAACAGUUUGGUUUUGGAUGAACCCUUUGAUUAAUAACGGUUACAAAACUCCCCUUAAACUAGAAGAUAUUCCUUCACUUCCUCUUGAAUUUAGAGCAGAAAAAAUGUCAGAAAAUUUUAUAAACAAUUGGCCAAAACCAGAGGAAAACAGUAAGCAUCCAGUUAUGGUAGCCUUAUUUAGGUGUUUUUGGAAACACAUAGCUAUCACUGGCUUCCUUGCAGUGAUUAGGCUUUGUGUUAUGUAUAUUGGUCCACUGUUGAUUCAGAGUUUUGUUGAUUUUACAUCAAGGAAAGAUAGUACUACUAGUGAAGAUAUUAUUUUGAUAUUGAUCCUUUUUGCAGCAAAAUCAGUUGAAGUACUGAGUGUCAUCAAUACAACUUCCACUCGCAGAAAAUCGGUAUGCUUAUUCGUUCGAGCAUAAUCACUUUGGUUUACAAAAAGGGUCUAAGAUUGUCAAGUUCUUCAAGACAAGCUCAUGGAACAGGACAGAUAGUGAAUCACAUGUCUGUUGAUGCUCAACAACUCUCAGAUAUGAUGAUGCAGCUUCACCCUAUAUGGUUGAUGCCAUUGCAAGUAGCUGUGGCAUUGGAUAUCCAAUUUCAAUGGCAAUGAGUGAUGUGAAGCUUAUUGGCAAAUGGUCAAGUCCUUAUGUGACAAGGGUGAAGAUUGCCCUUAACAUCAAAUCCCUUGAAUAUGAAAACUUUGAAGAGAAUGAAACCUUUAACCCCAAAAGUGAUAUUCUUCUUCAAUCCAACCCUAUUUAUGGCAAAGUCCCAGUGCUUAUUCACCAAGAUAGACCAAUCUGCGAGUCUCUCAUCAUUGUUGAAUAUAUAGAUGAAACAUGGUCCAGUGCUCCUUCUAUUCUCCCUUCUGAUACUUAUGAUAGAGCACUUGCAAGAUUCUGGGCUGCUUAUAUAGAUCAAAAGUGGUUUCCUCCUAUGCAAAGCAUAAUUACUGUUGAAGGAGAGGAUGAAAGAAAGCCAUAUUUUGAGGUAUUGGAAGAAGUGGUCGAGAGGAUGGAGGAAGCUUUUGACAAAUGCAGCAAAGGAAAGCCCUUUUUCGGUGGUGAUAGGAUUGGUUAACUUGAUAUUGCAUUUGGUAGCUUUUUGGGAUGGCUUAGUGUGAUUGAGCAUGAGUAUGAAAGGAAAGUGUUGGUUGAAGAAAAGGCUCCUAGUUUGGUGAAAUGGGCUGAGUUUUGCUUCUGACCCUGCUGUGAAGGGGCUUAUACCUGAGACUGGGACUUGUUAAGCUUUCCAAAGCUCUUCAGAUCAAGUGGAGAGCUGCUAUUGGCAAGAAAUAGAGUUUGGGACUUGGAAAGGCUUGUUCAAAUGUUGUUGUAUGAUGAACUUGAUGAAAGAAUAAUAUUUAAUAUGUGGAAUUGGUUUCUUCUACUAUCUUUAGUCCUUAUAGGUUGCACUCUGUUCUAUAUUAAGCAGCUAUUGUUUUGCUUUGAUAGUUUUGUAUCGUGAAAAUGGAUUCUAUACAAUCAACGGUCACUACAAUCAAUGAUCUCAGCCGUUGAUGGGGAUUAGAUAAUUGAAAUUUUUUAGUUUUAGUUUAGCCGAAGUCAACAAUCUGAAUCAUAGAAUCUGUAUUGGACGAUCGAGAUGACUGAUUGCAGUGGCUACAAACAUUAUUGAAGAAACUGAUUCCCUAUAGUCAAAUAA